UAAAACAGUUUGUGUUUUACCACAAUUUAGUUUGACUUUCGAAGUUUUGAUAAUUCUGACAGUAACUGAAUGCCUCAUGAGCAUCUGAUCAAGAUAGUGGUUGUGUGAACUCUAACUUUCGUCGAGCAGCCACUGUGUAAUUCCUGUGUGAUUCCCUGCCGGGGAAUGUAACAUCAUGUUCAACUUAAACAGUGGCUGGAACCUAUCUUUUGCCGGCUGUGGAUUUUUGGGAAUUUACCACAUCGGAGUUGCUAGUUGCUUGCUGGAGAAAGCACCCUACCUUGUUAAAGGGGCGACGAAGCUGUACGGGGCCUCUGCUGGUGCUCUGACAGCUUCGGUACUUGCUAGCCAGGCUUGCAUAGCAAAAUGCUGUGAAGAUGUCCUUGAGGUCGCAAAGGAAGCCAGGAAAAGAAAUCUGGGCCCACUUCAUCCAACCUUCAACUUGGUGAAGGUGUUGAGGUCUGGUCUGAAUCGUGACCUACCAUCUGAUGCUCAUCUCCUGGCCUCGGGGAGGCUCUGUGUCUCUCUGACCAGAGUGUCUGAUGGGGAGAAUGUGUUAGUGUCUGAUUUUAGUUCCAAAGAGGAGCUCAUACAGGCACUGAUCUGUAGCUCUUUUAUUCCUGUCUACUGUGGGCUGAUUCCUCCUACUUUCAGAGGAGUGCGUUAUGUGGAUGGCGGUAUAAGUGAUAACAUGCCACAGUCAGAACGCAAAAACACCAUCACUAUAUCACCUUUCUCUGGUGAGAGCGACAUCUGUCCACGGGACAAUUCCACCAGCUUCCACGAGCUACGUCUCACUAACACAAGCAUCCAAAUGAACAUGGGCAACAUGUAUCGCCUUAGCAGGGCUCUGUUUCCACCAGAACCUAAGGUAUUGGCUGAGAUGUGUCAGAGUGGUUACAAGGAUGCUCUGCGCUUCCUACAGGAAAACAAUCUGCUACUGCAUGACUGUCCCACCUCUGGCCCUUCAGUGGCAGAGACCUCCAUCAGUUGCUGCACACCAAGUGAAACAACCAAAGAGUGGGUACUUCGGAGACUCAGGCUACUCCAUAAGCAUCAAUGGUGUUUGGAUGAACAGUUCAGUCUUCCUACCCCAAUAAAAAAUGUGUUCUGCAAGGCCUGCCAAGACAAGUCAGGCCUGUAUGCCAAAGUGUUCAGUAUGUUGCCUUUGAGAGUGGCUUCUUAUAUGCUCAUGCCAUGCACUCUUCCUGUUCAGUCAGCUUACUCAGUGGCCCAGAGGUUUGUGGAGUGGAUCCCAGAAGUGCCUGCUGAUGUGCGCUGGCUUUUUGGUGUAGCAGGUGAUGUAUAUAGACAAGCCUGGAGAGCAAAACCAACCAGUUUCAUCAGUGAACCAUGCCUGAGGAAAUGCAUCAGUGUGAUACCAUUACAUUCGAAGAAUGAAAGCUCCAUGCAGAAUGACAUGUUGCCUGCUCUUUCCUCAAUUGACCUCCAUGGCAACUACUGGGAGAUCCCAAAAUUGACUUCAUCCAAUCAUCAUCCUCUUCUCAUUGCCCGCUCCGCCCCAGAAAAUGUCUGCUUCUACAUCAGCCCAGAGGAUAGACCACACCAUGAUGUACAGCAAUGA